ACAGAAGACAAGGCCAAGACAUGGCGCGAACUGCUGUUUUUGUUACCGUGGUGUCGUGAAAUGAAAGCCGAUCUCGUUCAUAGUUCCCUCGUUGAAAGACACCGCGCUGCAGCGCUUUUUUGAUGCGGCCGCACGACCAGCAACGAUCCUAAUAAUGGAUAUCCGCAAGUUUUUCUCGGCUACUGGGCCGGCGCCCGUGAAGAGAGCCGCUGAAGACACCAAAAAGCAAUCUGACGAGAAAACCAAGCCAAAGCAGUCGACGAAAGCGGUGAAGGAGCCCGCUAAACCGAAGGCCUCGGAAAAGGAGGAGAAGAAGGCUGCACCCGUGGAAGCUUCGAAGAGAGAAAGAAAUGAGCCGGCCAAGCCAGCGUCAACGAAGGAAAAGAAGGAAUCUGGGAAAAAGCCACGGCAGAGGAUUGUCAUGCUUGAUUCGGAUUCAGACGAUGAAGAACCGAUUCCCAAAAAGGCCAAGAAACAAGCCAAGGAAUGUAAAGCUGCAGCUGUUGACUCUGAUGAAGAGUCGGAAGAACCAAUUGUUUCGAAGAAACCUACUGAUAGAACGCAGGCUGCAGUUUCAAAAGACGCACCUCCGAAGAAGCCUGCAACCAAAGUCAAUGGCAAGGAACCGCCGAAACAGAAACUUGUGCCCGUUUCUGCGGAUGACUUUUUCGCAAGCGCUUCCAUAAGUCCAGCCUCAAAGUUGUCACUCAAGGCGGCUCAAGCUAAAAAGGUUUCGACUGCGAAGGAGUCUCAUGAGGAUGACGAUUUCCAAAAAACACUCGAAAAACUGGAUGAAAAAACAGAGGAAAAGAAGCUGACCAUACGUUCAAGUCCCCGGAAGACCACCAAGGAUCCAGAGAGCUCCAUGGCGAAAAAGUUAUCGCCUUCUAAAGGCAGUGCAGCACAAAAGCCAGAGCACAGCAAGAAACCGGAGAAGGAAAAGGCCGCAGCUAAACAUUCACCAGAAAUACGAAGAGCUGAAUUGCCAGCUCCUGCUAGCCAGUCAUCGAAGAAACCUGAUAAAAAACCAACACCUAAAAAGGAAAGCCCGAAGAAAGUACCAGAGAAGACGGAAAGAGUAACACCUGGCAAGCAAGCUGCCAAAAAGGAGAAACCUGCACCUGCCAAGGAAAAGGUACCCAAGGAGGAGAAGCCGGCCGCUGCUACCGUGCCUGCCUUUCGGAGAGGAAAUGCUGCCAGCUACCAGAGUUACCUCAACAGAGAAGGUCCAAGGUUGCUGGGAACACGAGACAUACCUGAGGGUGCCCCCGGCUGCCUGAAAGGUGUGACGUUAGUUGUGACCGGAGUGUUGGAAUGCAUCGAGCGUGAUGAUGCCAAGGAGCUGCUGGAGCGCUGCGGCGCCAAGGUCACGCAAAGUGUCAGCCGUAACACCACCUACGUCGUUGCGGGCAGGGACUCGGGCCCAGCCAAGAUACGCAAGGCAGAAGAGUGUAAGGUGGAAAUAAUAGAUGAAGAUGCACUGUACGAGCUGAUUGAAAGUCGUUCUGGCGGGGACGGUAAGCGCAAAGCCAAAGAAGCUGAAGUCAAGGAGGAACCAGAGGAGGCUAGUACACCGAAGAAAAAGCGAAAAGUAGACCCUGACGACAGCUCUGAGGAACAUUGGGUAAAGGGGUCGCCAAGGGUCGGAGAGUCUGUCAUUUCCCCAACCAAGAAAUCAAAAGAUACCAGCACCACGGAGACGCCAUCGACAUCCUGCAGUCAGAAGUCAUGGACACCUGCCGAGAUGUGGGUCGACAAGUACAAGCCACAGACAACCAAGCAGAUCAUAGGCCAGCAGGGAGACAAGAGCAACUGCGGCAAGUUGCUCCUCUGGUUGCGCAACUGGCACAAGAGCCGCGCGGGACCCAAGAAGCCCAUACCCAAGUGGGGAGGAGGUGGAGGUGAUGGCUCCGCUUUCAAGGCGGCACUUCUGUCCGGAGCUCCUGGCAUCGGCAAGACCACCACGGCUACACUCGCAGCACGGGAAGCUGGCUACAGCAUCUUGGAGAUGAAUGCAUCUGACACUCGUUCCAAGAAGAGUCUUGCUGAGCACGUAGCUGAGACCCUGAGGAACCGCACGUUUACAGGAUCUGGCACAACAUCCAAACACGUGCUUAUCAUGGAUGAAGUGGAUGGCAUGGCAGGCAACGAGGACAGGGGUGGAGUUCAGGAGAUGAUUGCUUUGAUAAAGUCCACGCGGAUCCCCAUCAUAUGCAUCUGCAAUGACCGCUCACACCCGAAAAUGCGCUCCUUGGUUAACUAUUGUUUUGACUUGCGAUUUCAGCGGCCGCAGGUCAAACAAAUUCAGGCUGCGUUAAUGUCCAUCGCAUGCAAGGAAGGUCUCUCCAUCACCCCUGCCGUUGUGCAAGAGAUUGUCAUGGCCUCCAACCAAGAUGUGCGACAGGCUUUGCACAACCUCUCACUUUGGAGCUCCCGAACAAAGACCAUGAGCGUGUCACAGGUGAAGGCAGAUGCCGGCAAGGGCACCAAAGACAUCAAAAUGGGUCCAUUUGAAGUGGUUCGCAAGAUUCUGUCGAGCACCGAGGGUGGUCAGUCCAUGACGCUGAACGAGAAGGCAGCACUCUUCUUUCACGACUACAACAUGGUGCCUCUGUUUGUACAGGACAACUACUUGCACGUUCAACCGUUGGAAGCCAAGGGCGACCGUCAGAAGCACCUGCGAUUGGUCAGCGAAGCAGCUGACUGCAUCAGCUACGGCGACUUGGUGGAGCGGCAGAUCCGGCAGCAUGGCAGUUGGUCGCUGCUUCCCAUGCAGGCAUUCUUUUCCAGCGUGAUUCCUGGAGAACUGGUUCGUGGUCACAUGCGAGAGAUGAUCACCUUCCCAGCCUGGUUCGGCAAGAACUCCUCCACGACCAAGCGACACCGCCUGCUGCGUGAACUCAAGCAUCAUACACACACUCGAGUGUCCGCUGACCGGACGCAACUGUCCAUGGACUACGUGGGCCCCUUGUUAGACUCACUGACCAGGCCACUGAUCGACAAGGGUGCAGACGGUGUGCCAAGUGUCGUGCGCCGCAUGCACCACUACUACCUGCAGCGAGCCGACCUGGACAAUCUUUGUGACCUGGCCUUGUGGCCGGGCAUGAAAGACCCCAUGGCAAACAUUGACUCCAAGGUAAAAGCUGCACUGACACGUACCCUGAAUAAGGAAGCCUUUAUGACCCCCUAUUCCACUGAAGACAUCGUCAAAAAGAAAGCAAAGAAAGGCGCUGGAAAAUCCGAGAAACUGGCUGCGUCACAGGACGAUGAGGAAAAUGCCGAAGAAGAGGAAGAGGAAGCCGAGCCUGACCCAACACUUGUCGAUUACGAGUAGAUUGCCGUCUUGUUUUCGAAAUCUGGUUGCACACUGUGGUUUGACUGCCACGUAUUCGCAGCACUUGUUUGCUAUUGGAAAGCGAUCGCGUGGAAUGCUCUGUGAUAAGAUUGCUUGGAACCUCACACUUCCUCACAUUUGGAAUAGUACUACUACUACUACCUCAAAUGCUCUCCUUUCUGCAUGCUCAGCAAAAGUGUUUCACUGCAGUGUUCAUUAGACAUGUCGCUUUUUGAAAGUGCUUGUGUUGUUAGCAUUGAAAUUCGAAUGUGUGGAAUUCGUGCCUUUAAGGCAGCAGUCAGGGCUAGUUGAUGAUAAGUUGUUGGCCUGUAGGUGGGUUGUUUUGAAACGUGAAUGUUAAUAAGGAAAAUUUUUUAGUGUGUAAUGUGCGAUAUUCCCAAGCUUAUUUUUGAGUUGUUGCCUGAGGUUGCAUUCAUGUCAUAGAGAACUGAUGUUCUUGGCUGGCAGGAAGUGGAAUCUCAUGUCUUCUAAUAUUUGGGUGACAUGGAUGCUGCCUUACUCUCGCAAAUUGCGGAGAGGUUCCCAGUCAAAUCAAGCCGAAAUUCAAUCACCACUUGAUCCUUAAGGCAAAUUUCAGCUCACCCAAAAUGUGUUCAGGGGCUCGCAGAAGUACUCGUUACGUUGGAACCACAGAAAGCUUCAUUCUCUGCCAACCAACACUCCAUAUGGUGUGUGUGUGUGUGACAUGUGCAGUGCAUUUCUCAGUUAUAGGCUUCAUGCUGAAACAGAGAAGUUUAUUUUCACUUUCGUGGUUCCAAGGAAAGUUGAGGUUGCGUCUGGACGUCUAAAAACUCAGCGAGUUGUCCACUUAUGUAAUAUACAUUGCUGGCACUUGAGCAAUUUGGCUGCUCGCACUCAGUGAAUGUACAGGAGGAAAUGGUGACUGAAUGAUUGAAGCUUUACGAACGUUAAGUUCCAGUCUGUUUCUAUUGGCAACUUUCACCAGCAGUCAAACUUAUAAUUAUUGAGUUACUACUCAUCAGCAUAGUGUCCUUCCUUACUUUUCUGCUCUCCGUAUGUCUCCGUCUGCUGUAUUCUUGUAAUUCGCUGGUUCUAUACAUUAUGUUUGCAGUGUGCCGUCCUUUGCAGUGGCAUGGUGAAACAGUAUGUGUGUUAAUUCUGUACUAAAUGCCAUUAGUAUUUAGCACACUGCAUGGGAUGAAUGCGUGCUAAUUGUGCAGUGAAAGAGUAUGCAAAUAGUACAGUUAAACAGUAUGCAUGUUAACUAUGUACUAAAUUACAUUAAUCAGCACACCACACGAGAUGAAUGAUCAGGAAAACUAGCUCUUUGCUAGUGAUUACGUAUGAAUGUGCACUACUAAUUAUGAUCUCAUGUUCGUAGCGCUGUAUAUAUAUAUUAUAACACUCUUCACGCCACACAAUGGCACUGAGAUCAGACUUUUGUAACAUUUUUGCCAGGACAUUGGACUUUGCUAAUGAUAGUGCUGUGAGCUUGUCUUUAUUAUUAGUGCAUAUAACAAGUGUAUGCUGAUUAUUCAGAUCUUGCCGUGGCACUUUUAGGAAGUCUAGCCAGUUGAGUCCCAUUCAAUAAUUAGUCGUAUUGUUAUGUGCCUCCCCUCUCCCCCAAUCCCCCCAAGACUUCUCCAAUCACCUGUUCUUUUAUGAACAUUUAAUGUACAGUCAUACCCUGAUAUAAAAUCUUGGAUAUGGGUAUAACAAACUAUCGGUUAUAACAAAGUAAAUGGAGUUAAGACUUGCCACCAGUAGUCUUACUAAUGUAACUAAUGAAUUUUCGUAUAAAAUGAACCCACUGUCGUGUCAGAUGCGACUUUGUUAUGAACGAGGUUUGACUCUACUUGAGUGCUGUGUUUGUUAUUAUUAAAUGUUUUCAUCAGGCACCUCACAGAGCAAAUAUGCAGACACGAUUGUGUGGUAAUGUUAUUUUGCCGCAGAACCAUAGACAAAUGACGAAAAAUCACUGAGACAACAAAAGGAAUCGGCAUACAUUUGUGCAAGAUACUACUGGUUGUAAUUCUAUGGGCUAGCAUAUGAAGUGUAUAUGAAUGAAAGGGUGUUAGGUGUAUAGGUGCAGGAGUAAUAGCAAGAACCAUGUUUUGAAAAACUGUUUUACCAUGUAGUAGUGGCAAAGCCUGCCAAGGAUAUGCGAGAAGCAGUAGUACGGUGUUUUCAUACUGUUGGAGUGGUCUUGUUAUGUCUCAUUACGAUACUAAUAUUGCACAAGUUGGACUGUUUUAAGAUUAACAGUGAUAUCAGACGUCUAGAAAAUGUGUGUCAUUACAUCGAUGCCAUGCCUAAACUGGACAUUAUGAACGUACAAGCUUGUUAAGCCAUGACUGCUUAUUGUAAUGUGAGGUUUGGAUAUAGUUCUGUGUAUGUCAUAAUUAUGCAGAGAUGCUAACACUAAUUAGUAUAUUGUCACCAUCGUAGACCUUUCACAGGUAGUGAUUUUGCAGUGUUACUAGUGCUGUGCAGUCAACAUAUGAGACCUGGCAUUGAAUAUGAACAAGCGGUCUCAUAAAGCACAUCUUUGAAACUGAUUUACUUAUCUGGUCGUCUAACAAGCUAGAGUCGUUGUGCAGUAAUUACAGCAAAUUGUGAACAUUCCAAAUGUUUUUUCUUCAUACAAACCAACAAUUGUUGAUUUUUUAAGCAUUUCCUUAAGACGUAUGGGCAGUUGGCUUUGUUUCCUGUUGGGUGGUACAUUUGUGUUCACUCAUGUUAUGCUUGGUUUGGCUAGCAGUUAACAGUAAGUGCACAUUUUCUGUACUUGUUGAGGCCUCUCUGGAAGUUGGUUGCGUUGAAUGUUUCACACGUAUAUAUGAGGCGCUCACUUUCCUGAAACGUUAAAUUUAUGCUAUGUACAGACCUCGAUUAUUUGAGUGGUGCGCCAUUGCAUGUGGUGCUUUUUCAUCGUUUGGCAGUUGGUCCUCAAUGGCCUCAAUUUACAUCUUUUACCUUGAAAAUUGUGGUUUAAUUGCUUCUUAUAGGAGGCACAUGUGUAGAAACUGGUGGUGUACGUUAUUGGGAAUGCUUUCUUUUAAGGGGACAUAGAAACAGUUGAAGAAUUUGAGGUCAGUGAUGGAGGCACAAAUAUGAAGCUUGUUUUCAUUUCUUCGUUUAUUCACAUAAUACUAUCCCCCAUAACGCGCAUUUUAGAAUCCACACCUUCACUGCCCUUCAUGAUCUGUCCACGAAAGCUGUGGGCCUAGCUACAACAUCAAGGAAGAAAACUUGCCUUCAGUUGGUUGUGUGUAAGCAAGGCUUUUUACAAAUGUGUACCACACAAUUUUAUGUCUGUGCUCUUUCCCUUCUUUUCCGGCAUUUGUGAAGAGCUUUGGAGUACAGCUUCUGUAUCCAUCUCUGAAGUUAAUUGUUUUUCGUACUGCAGUAGUUUGUUGUAUUGCGAAUAAAUGACUGCUUGA